CCAACAUCUUUUCCUUUCUUUCUGACAAAGCUGACCAUGGUAAGGCUGUCGUUGAAUCCAAACUCUUUGCUGUGAACCUCCCUGGACUUGGAAGGCUUCAUCAGAGGAGGGAUGUCUGGCUUGUUCUGACGUAGAGUCCCCACAACAGUGGGAUCCUUCUCCAGGAGAUGCUGCGCAAGAGGCACACUGGUGAAAAAGUUAUCCAUGGUGAUGUUGCGACCUGUGUUUCUCAAUCUACUACACAACUGCUGGACAAUGUUUUCCCCCAGAUUCUUCUGAACUUCUUCCCCUGGUUGUCUCCCCGUGUAAACUAUACCAUCUAUUGCAUAGGGGAUGCGUGCAUCACAAACCCAGAAGAUCUUUAGGCCGUAUUUGGCGGGCUUGCUUGGCAUGUACUAUAGAAACUUGCACCUACCCCUGAAUGGCACAAGCUGUUCGAAAACAAUCUUCCUGAGGGUUGACACUUCUGAUAUAGUCUGUGUGGUCCACAGUCAAAUGUAUUCCUGACAGCCACAGUUGAUAAGAAUCAAAGGUUCCCAUUGGAUUCCAUAGAAAAUGCAUGCGGGUCAUUUUUGACCCAAUUAUGGAAGCUUGGGGUAGUAAUACAAAAACUACAAUUUCUUAAAAUGUAUAACAGGUAAGUUAAAAAUGUAAAUGGAAUUAUAUCAAAAACAUGUUUUUUGAGGAAUACCUGGAAUAUGAAAUGAUAACAAUUUUUCAUUACGAAGAUAUUUCAAGAAAACAACCUCAUCGGGUCAUUUUUGACCCACUUGUGCAUCUAAGGGUUAAGUUUAACAGCACGGUCUGAAAUGAGUUCCACGGUGAUAUUAGCCAAAUGUCAGGCGUCAGUGGGGCCUCUCUUAGUGCUUCGCCUUUUGUAGCUGUUUCUGACGUGGAGUUUUUUCGCCCAUCUGAAUUUUGUCCUGUGAUGCAUUUUGUUCUCGAUCCUCGCUUUCAUUUCUCUCUUUUCUGUCAUAUCCCAUCCAUGUGUUCUACUCUCCUGAAUAGGAAUAACACCCCUUUUUUAUUUUUUUUGAUAUAUUUCUUUGAUCUUUGUGCUUCUCCAACAGCUGCUUCAAUAAAUCGUAGGUGGCCCGAGUCAGUUUUCACACCUUUCUUGCUGCCUGUGUCUUAUUGCUUUACCGCUGGAAGGGACAUUUUGUUAAAUCUCUGCUAUUCAGCCACAUAAUUAGCCCAAACUCCUCUGUGGCCGAGCUUUUCCCAAGAUGCAAAGUCCCCUGAGCUGCGUAAUGUGGACGAGGCGGGAAACAAGCAGAGCUGCAGCUCCGAUGCAAACAAAUAAUUACCCUUCACUUGAAAACACUCAAUUAGCCUCUAUUUCCAAGUAGAAUAAUGACUUUCCCCAACUAAGCGGAACGUCGGCUGUAAUUAGUCCGGACGGUGGAAGCUCGGCGUAGACGAUAAGUACACGACUGUUUUAUUAAGCCAACAGCGAAAAUAUCACAACGCACCAACGAGCUGGCUGUGUAUGCAAUCCGGAAGCGACGUGAGUUGUGUGAAUAGGCAAAGUAAAAAGGAAAGGCUCCAUGUAAGAGGAACAGGACACCGGCUUGGCUGCGCGUGCGGCAAUCAAUGCGCCGCUGACACUUCUCUUGGCACCGCGCACGCCGUUUUCGGAUCGUGUGCGUCGCCGUGGAUACCUCGCACAUCGAUUUGCUCACAGUAGCAUCGUCCAUCAAGGUUUUCGGUGAUUAUUAUCACUUCAGGCAUCAUGCCGUGGAGAAGAGGUCUUUGUCCGGCCACAGGGGGACACACAUCCGACUGGAAAAAGAACCCAAGGUCCAGUGGGCAGAGCAGCAAGUGGUGAAGAAGAGGAAGAAGAGGGACAUCUAUGAAGACCCAACAGAUCCAGAUUUCCCCGAGCAGUGGUACCUGGGAUGUGCCACAACCAUGCGCGGAUUGGUGGACGGUCUCCCACCCGUCCUGUGAUUGGCUGCAGUACCUGCAUAUAAGGGAAGCCAAGAUGGCGUCCGAGGCAGAGCAGGAGUUUGUAUGCUGGACGGGGAGGUGACGGACGUGGUGGAGGCCCACUCUCUGAGUCUCAACCCGCAGCACAUCCACAUUUACAGCGCCAGCUGGGGCCCGGAGGACGACGGCAAGUCGCUGGACGGCCCGGCCAAGCUGGCGAAGGAGGCGUUCCUCCAGGGAAUCACCAAGCGUGAACCUGACCUGGAGGGACAUGCAGCACCUGGUGGUGAGAACGUCCCGGCCCGGGCACCUCAGCGCCGGAGACUGGAAGACCAACGGAGUGGGACGCAGAGUGAGUCAUUCGUACGGCUACGGGCUUCUGGAUGCAGGUGCCAUGGUGACUCUGGCACAGGGCUGGAACACAGUGGCGCCGCAGCAUCAGUGUGUUCACACCAUGCUCACACAACCAAGAGACGUGGGCAGCAAGCUGGUGUUCAGCAAGAGCGUGGACGCCUGCUGGGGACUCCCGGAGUACGUCAGGUCUCUGGAACAUGUUCAGGCUCGCAUCACUCUCUCCCACAACCAGAGAGGAAAAUUGGCGAUCCAUCUCAUCAGCCCACUGGGCACGUGUUCCACCUUGCUGUUUCCCAGGCCUAAUGACUUCUCCUUUGAGGGAUUCAACGACUGGGCCUUUAUGACCACCCACCCAUGGGGCGAGGAUCCUCAAGGGGAAUGGACACUGGAAAUAGAAAAUGUAGCCGCUAAUGGCCGUGACCUCUUGGUAUUGAGUCAGUUCACCCUCAUUCUGUGGGGAACCGGAUCGAGCGUCGUCAACCCCUCCUCGUCUGACUUCCCUCGACCGUCCAACGACAGCUGCAAGACCUUCGAUGCCCAGCAGAUCUGUAUCGCGCGGCUCCUCCAGGUUUCUGCUGGUAAGAAAUUACAUUAUUUUGUCUUCAUUUUUCCCCACGGAGCAUAUUAAUUUUGUAGAUUCUCUCCAGGACAUCUUCAUCAGGGUGAAGCUCUCUCUCUUCAUUGUGAGCCCCACGCAUUGGAAGAGGAACACAAGGCUUUAUUUCCUCAUCUGUAACAGUGUAGACCACCGCGCAAGAUGAAUCAGUCUUUCAAUGCAAAGUACAAUUAUUAAGUAAUGAGAUCUUGUAUGACAUUUUUUAUGCUUGUUUUAUAUCCUUUUUUAUUUAACUGACGAUGGAUGUUGACAUUGUGGAGAUCAGCGUCAUGCUGGAAUAAGAAAUUGUCUGUUGCAUAGAUGGACUGUUUGUGUCUAUACUGGCAGAUUUGAAAACUUUCGGGGGUUGUUUUGCAUCCGACGCCGACCGAGGGAGCAGAUGGUUCAUCACUUCUUCACAUCUGUACAUUAUAGAAAGCGUGUUUCCUUCACUGCGGGCGCUUUGGCCUCAACAGGACGCCAGCGUUCCAUUUCCUUCUUCCUAAUAUUCAGUUGUAGGGCUGCAAGCGUGCUUCCGAAAUGCCGCCAAGGAACAAGUUUCAAUAUGGUUUAAAUUAAUAUAAAUGGAAAAGGUUUGUAUGUAUAUGGGGGGGAAACAUGGCCAGCUGGUAGCGGCGUUGUUCAUUAGCUGCUUUUCUUCAUAACACCCUGUAAAAUGCAGGUAACUGGGUACAUGGGGGAAGGUACAUUCAUUCUGUGGUCCAUAAUUAGAUCUGCCAGGAGAACUGGCUGCACAACUCAGUGCCCCUAAGAAGCGCCACGCUUUUUAUUCCAAACGCAGAACGUGUGAAAAUCAGUCAUCACCCCUCCCUCCCUCACCCCCUCCACACGCGCAGUGCAGUGAUCUCUCUCAGGCCUCAGGCCUCCCCGCCACCACGCUUUCUGUAUCCCUCUGUGCUGCUGAUCCCUUUUCACGAAGUGUGAGUCCUGCUGCUCAACGCCGUCGCCUGCACCUGACCGAGGGGGACACAUGGGGGGGAGGAGGACCUGCCAUGGUUAAACUACGUGAGCUUCGACGCAGUCAGCCUGCUUUGUUUUUAAUGUCAGGUUGAGUCCUUGACAGCCAUCUGACUGACAGCAUGUGUGCACAGGAUGUGCUGCUGGACUGACUCAACAUUGCCCCCUUCUGAUAACCUCUAAUAAAAUAAACAAACUUCAACAGUGGCCAGCUGACAGUUUUACAAACUAUUGCAGUGUCCCAGUCUACGUAUUGAGAUGUACUUUAUGCCCAUGGGUUUUACAUAUAUAAUUUAAUAGCUGUAUACAAUAAUUCCUCAUACUCUUACAUACAAGCAGGAAAUGCAUCCAAAAUCUGCAAUUUUAGCUUCUCAAAAUGAUGAGUGCUACUUUCCAGUUUGAAAAUCUUUAAUGUCCUCAUGUUUUGGACUGUUGUUGGUACAAAACAAGUCAUUAAAAAUAACAACUUGUGCGUUUUACACUUUUUUUUCCUGCCAUUUCAUAGACUAAAUUAAAACAGUGGCAGCUCUGAAUGGAUAUUUGAAAACCCAAUCUGAAUGACCGGAUCAUUUUUAAUUGGGUGAACAAACCUUUUUGUUUCUCUUCAUCUCAAAUGGGAAUCUCCCUCUGUGCCGCAAUGAUGACACAGACGUACCAAGAAUGGUCCCUGAUAGUGUGCACUGUAAAUCUCAAUACACCACCAAAAAAAAA